AUGUUUAAUCUUUAGAAUGGCUUUGAUUUAGAAUAAGAUAUAGAAUUAAAGGCAGUGUAGAAUGAAGACUUUGAACAAUAAUAUUUGGGACAAUGUCUACGGGAUUCAUAAAAGGAAUAUUAGUUAUUACCUUAAGUUGCUAGCAGAACAUUGAGUGCCAAAAGUUUAGAAGCUAAAUAUUUGCAAAGUCCAAAUUCUUUUCAUUCGAAUUCAGAUGAGAACAUUCUGGCUUCAAAUGUUUAAACCCCUAAAUUAGCAGUUUUAUAAACUAGAGAUUCAAGCAGAAGAAGAAGUUAAACAAAUGCUUAAGCAAGUUUUAUGUCUUUAUUUUAUAUUGGAAGAUUUGUAGAGAAAUUGUCUUUCAAUCGCAAACGAUUGGGUGGUCUAAAUGAAGCUCAUUUUAACCUAAUUGGGGACAAGGCAUCUGAUGCGUAUAAAAAAUCCUUUAUUCUCUUUAGGCAAAAUUUAUUUACUUAUUCAAAACGAGUUAGUUAAGCUGGAUUUAAUCUAAAGAGAAUGAAAACUUUAUUAGAUAGAGAUGCAGAGGUUAAAGACAGUACUACUCUUGAAUAAGUAAAAGAAGAUUUGAAAAAGUUAAGAAAACCUAUUGUUCAUUGCAUCAAUACAAUAAUCCAUAAAAUUCCAAUUAUUUAACCAGAAUCCCUAUUUAAAAUGUAUUGGGAUUUCUUUACAUCCUUUUUUAGAAUAAUCCUUUUAAUCUUGGUUCCUCUUGAAAUUGCUUUCAAACCUGAAAUUCUUUUUAAUAAUCUUAUUUCAAUCACUUAUGUCAUUUUAAUGAUAUUACAAUUAGAUUUUCUAAUAAGAAUCAAUACUCUAACAUAUAGAAAUGGAAUUGCAAUAAAAGAUAAAUGGGAAUUGGUUAUACAUCAAUUAAAAAAGGAGUUUCUUACUGAUUUUUCAACUUCUUUAAUCUUGAUUAUAUUUAUGAUCAUUCCUGAUAUGAAAACAAAAGCAAAUUUAUUCUUAUUAGUAAUCUUAGCUUAACAUAAAUAUGUAUAUGAAACAUUUGCAAAAAGUGAUUAGAUUUCAUAUUUAACAAGACCAUAAAGAGGUAUAUUUGGAUUAUUGAAAUUCAUCUUAACACUUCUUUAUAUUUUACAUUUAUUUAGUUGUAUAUGGUUCUACUUUAGUAGUAUUAGUAUUGAAGAUUCUUGGAUUAGAUUUAAUGAAUUGGAAGAUAAAAAUUGGGAAGAAUAAUAUUUAUAAGCUCUGUAUUUUGCAGUNUUUAAUAAUGUUAGUUUUUUCGAAACUGAAUUAUUUAUUAAAUGUUUAAUCUUUAGAAUGGCUUUGAUUUAGAAUAAGAUAUAGAAUUAAAGGCAGUGUAGAAUGAAGACUUUGAACAAUAAUAUUUGGGACAAUGUCUACGGGAUUCAUAAAAGGAAUAUUAGUUAUUACCUUAAGUUGCUAGCAGAACAUUGAGUGCCAAAAGUUUAGAAGCUAAAUAUUUGCAAAGUCCAAAUUCUUUUCAUUCGAAUUCAGAUGAGAACAUUCUGGCUUCAAAUGUUUAAACCCCUAAAUUAGCAGUUUUAUAAACUAGAGAUUCAAGCAGAAGAAGAAGUUAAACAAAUGCUUAAGCAAGUUUUAUGUCUUUAUUUUAUAUUGGAAGAUUUGUAGAGAAAUUGUCUUUCAAUCGCAAACGAUUGGGUGGUCUAAAUGAAGCUCAUUUUAACCUAAUUGGGGACAAGGCAUCUGAUGCGUAUAAAAAAUCCUUUAUUCUCUUUAGGCAAAAUUUAUUUACUUAUUCAAAACGAGUUAGUUAAGCUGGAUUUAAUCUAAAGAGAAUGAAAACUUUAUUAGAUAGAGAUGCAGAGGUUAAAGACAGUACUACUCUUGAAUAAGUAAAAGAAGAUUUGAAAAAGUUAAGAAAACCUAUUGUUCAUUGCAUCAAUACAAUAAUCCAUAAAAUUCCAAUUAUUUAACCAGAAUCCCUAUUUAAAAUGUAUUGGGAUUUCUUUACAUCCUUUUUUAGAAUAAUCCUUUUAAUCUUGGUUCCUCUUGAAAUUGCUUUCAAACCUGAAAUUCUUUUUAAUAAUCUUAUUUCAAUCACUUAUGUCAUUUUAAUGAUAUUACAAUUAGAUUUUCUAAUAAGAAUCAAUACUCUAACAUAUAGAAAUGGAAUUGCAAUAAAAGAUAAAUGGGAAUUGGUUAUACAUCAAUUAAAAAAGGAGUUUCUUACUGAUUUUUCAACUUCUUUAAUCUUGAUUAUAUUUAUGAUCAUUCCUGAUAUGAAAACAAAAGCAAAUUUAUUCUUAUUAGUAAUCUUAGCUUAACAUAAAUAUGUAUAUGAAACAUUUGCAAAAAGUGAUUAGAUUUCAUAUUUAACAAGACCAUAAAGAGGUAUAUUUGGAUUAUUGAAAUUCAUCUUAACACUUCUUUAUAUUUUACAUUUAUUUAGUUGUAUAUGGUUCUACUUUAGUAGUAUUAGUAUUGAAGAUUCUUGGAUUAGAUUUAAUGAAUUGGAAGAUAAAAAUUGGGAAGAAUAAUAUUUAUAAGCUCUGUAUUUUGCAGUUGUAACAAUGUUAACAAUUGGUUAUGGUGACAUGGUACCAAAGAAUGCAAUAGAGAAAAUAGUAACAAUGGUAUUUGUUUUAGGAGCAUGUAAUAAAUAAUAUGUAUUUUUUUAGGUUUAUGGGUAUCUUAUAGUGUAAAUUUCAUUGGUAGUAUAAUUGAUGAUAUCACAUAAAAUUAAGUAGAAAGAAAUAGAAGAAUGAGAGUCAUAAAUAAAUAUAUGAAUUAGAGAAAAAUACCUUAUAGUUUAUAACAUUAGUAUAUAUAAUUAUUUAAUUUAGGGUUAAAGAAUACUUAACUUUUAGAUGGAAAGAAGAUGAUGAAGUUGAUCUUGAAAUGGAAUAAACUUUAUUAGAGUAAUUAUCAGAUGAAUUAAAAGAAGAACUUGAUAAGUAGGCUCAUAAAGUAUAUAUAGAAAAAUCAGAAUUUCUAUAAAAAUAUUUUAGUGAAGAAUUGAGAAAUGCACUUUUUAAAUCUAUUAAAAGAAAGAUUAUACCACCUUAGAAUACAUUUUCAACUGAUUUUGGUAAUUAAUAACAUCUUUGUUUUGUUGAAUAAGGAUAUAUAGUAUAUUAACAUCCAGAAAGAAAACAAAGAUCUAAAAUGAAUGCCGUCAUCAAUCAAGGUUAAUUUUUUUGUGUAAAUGAUUUUAUAACUAAUAAUCCUUAAGUUGAUCUUUUCAAAGCUAUAGGAUAUGCAAGUUUAUUAGUAUUAUCUAAAUCAGAUUUCAUUGAAACAUUAAAAGAUUAUCCUGAAGAUUUUUAGAAAUAUUGUUAAUUAAAAGAUAAUAUAACCUUAAGUUAUGUUCCACCAACAUUAGAAAAUGGAGUAUUUUGUCCAGCUUGCUAAAAUUUUAAACAUCCUCUUAAUAAAUGUCCUUAAGUUUAAUUUGUACCUAAUAGAGAAGCUGUUAUUAAAAGACAUUGUAUGACUGAAAAUUAAAUAUAAAAUAAAUCUUUUCGUCGAUAUGAUAAAUCAAUUUUAGAUUGGCAUACUAGAGCUAUGAAAGAUUUAGCUUGUUAAUAUGCAUCUGUGUUUCAAAAUGAAAAUUAAUAGGCAAUUGCAAUAUAAUCUAAAAUUCAAUUGAAUUUUGAAUGUGGAUCUGAUUCUAAUUCAUCAAUUGAUGAUGCAGCAUCACCUGGAAUUAAAAUUCCAUAAAAUUCUCCUAUUUUUGAGGCACAAUAAAUCAAAUAAACAAGAAAAAGUAGAAUCGUAUCUGAUUAAUAAUUUUAGAAUAAAACAGAUUCUCGUUAAAAUUUAAAUUUAGCUUUAUAAAAUAGAAAAUAAUCUAUAUUAUCUGGAGGUAUAUCUUUAGGUUUUGGUAAGAGUAAUACUCCAAAAAAUAAAUUAGAGAUUCCUAUGAUUGAUGAGAUUAAAGAGAGUGAUAGUUCAGAAGAUAAUAGUGAAAAUGAAAGUGAAAGUGAUUAAUCAACAUAGAAAUAGAAAGUUAUUGAUUAUAAGAAAUAAUUAGAGAAGAUGGCUUAAGCUACUCAAGAUUUUAAUGAUAAUAUGACAGAUAACAUUACUAAUUUAUAUCAUUAAUUGUAAACUAAUUUAGAAUUGAAUGAAAAUGAUCUUAUGACUAAAAAAGCCUUAUAAUCUUUGGAACCACUUUAUUGGUCAUUUAAUUAAUAAAAAUUUGAUGAAUUUGAAACAAAAUCAUAAUUUGAUUAUUAUUUUAAUAAACAAAAUGCUGAAGAUGUUAUUUUGUAUAUAAAAGAGGAUAUAUUUGGAUGGUAAACACACAUUUUAGAUAAGAUUAGAAAAUUUAUGCUUUAUCCAUUUUAAUAUAUAUUAAUUUUUUUAAGAUUGAGAAGGAAUGCUAAACUUAAAUCAGUUACACCUUUAAAAGUGGUUGCAAAAGUAAAGAGUACUUUAGACAAUUUAAAGAAGACUUUAAAAUUAAAGAAAAAAUCAACUAUAGUUAGAUCAAGUCUAAAAUUUAGUUCUGUUGCUCCAGAUUCCAAUAAAUCUUAAGGGAAAUAGAAGAAAUGGUUAGUUUGA